GUGUGACGUAAAACGUGUGCGACGACCCUCACGUGUGCGAUGUGUUGACUGAAGCAAACGUGCGAAUGAAAAAGAAAUUAAUAUCUUUCUAAAUACGGAUAUUUAUUUGGUAGUUCUUCUUUAAACUAUGGCAAACGCCAAUCUUCAGUUCAAAACAAACUAUUCAGUCUUAAGUAAGAUCGAGCCGUUUUACAAAGGUGGAAAGGUUCAGGUCAGCAAAGAUGAGCAGUACAUUUUUUGCAUUAGUGGCUCACAUGUCAAUGUGUUAGAAAUCUGCACGGGAAAGAUUGUCCAUAGAAUUGAGCACGAUGACCAAGAGGAUAUAACUUCCUUUGCUCUCAGCUGUGAUGAUGAGGUGCUAGUCACAGCCAGCAGGGCUCUGCUCUUGAAGCAAUGGGACUGGAGAAAAGCGCAAUGCACUCGCUCCUGGAAGGCUAUUCACACUGUGCCAGUUGCCAGUAUGACCUUUGACACAACCUCUACUCUACUAGCGACAGGGGGUUGUGAUGGAACUAUAAAACUGUGGGAUGUGAUAAAGCAAUACUGCACCCACAAUCUCAAGGGGUCAGCAGGUGUUGUUCACCUUGUUCAGUUUCAUCCAGAUGCCCAGAAGCUCCAGCUCUUUUCCUCCUCAUUGGACUGUGGCAUCAGGGUGUGGGACCUGUGCUCCAGUCAGUGUGUGUGUGUGCUGCAGAGUCACUAUAGUGCUGUCACGGGUCUUAGUUUCAGCAGUGAUGGACAAACUAUGAUCAGUUCAGGAAGGGAUAAUAUCUGCACAGUGUGGGACUUGAAAACCCAAAAAGUGAAACGCACUAUUCCAGUGUAUGAGGCGGUGGAGGGUGUGGUACUGCUACCUGAAAAAGAUGACUUUUCUGAAAUUGGUGUGAAAAAUAAGGGAUUGCAUUUUAUAACAGCGGGAAGCAAAGGUGUUUUAAGAGUGUGGGAAGCCAGCACAGCCCAUUGUGUCUUCACCCAGGCUCUCCCCACUACUCUCAGCUCUUCUGGUGAUAAUGAAGAAAAGGAGGAUGACCCCCGCAGUCUGACUUACCUCCUUUACCUACCUGCCUCUUCCAGAAUUGCUACAGUUACUGCUGAGCAUAACAUACUGCUCUACCAACUGCCCGCUCUGACCACACAACAGCAGUUUGUGGGCUACAAUGAUGAAGUGCUGGAUGUGAAGUUUCUGGGGAAAGUGGACAGUCACAUUGUGGUGGCAACUAACAGCUGCCAGCUCAAAGUAUUUGAGCUUCAAACAAACAGCUGUCAGAUCCUUUAUGGGCACACAGAUACAGUCCUCUCAUUGGAUGUUUCCAAGAAAGGAUUGCUCUUUGCAAGUUGUGCUAAGGACCGCUCAGUACGUGUUUGGCAGAUGGACAGUGACAGUGGUCAGGUGCACUGUGUGGCUUAUGGCUUGAGUCACACUAAUGCUGUAGGCUCCAUUACAUUCUCUAAAUUGAAAGCAUCAUUCAUAGUUUCUGGCAGUCAGGAUUGCACAGUAAAGGUGUGGGAUCUACCUCAGAACAUUUCUAAUACUGAAACAGACAUCCACCAGCUCACAGCACGGACCACUGAGAAGGCUCAUGAUAAGGAUGUAAACAGUGUAGCAGUGUCACCAAAUGACAAACUGCUAGCAUCUGGCUCACAGGACCGCACUGCUAAGUUGUGGUCUUUGGUGGGUGAUGGAGGCCUAGCUCUCCUAGGAGUGUUUCGGGGUCAUCGCCGUGGUGUGUGGACAGUUUGUUUCUCUCCUGUUGAUCAGGUGCUGGCUACAUCCUCCGCUGAUGGGACCACCAAGCUCUGGGGUCUGCAGGACUUCAGCUGUCUAAAGACUUUUGAAGGACAUGAUGCAUCUGUGUUGAAAGUCAUCUUUGUAAGUCGAGGAACACAGUUGCUCACCAGUGGCUCUGAUGGGUUGGUAAAGCUGUGGACCAUAAAAACCAAUGAGUGUGUGAAGACACUAGAUGCCCAUCAAGACAAAGUCUGGGGCCUCCACAACAGUCGUAAGGAUAACAAGAUGGUGACUGGGUCAGCAGACUCCAACAUCAGUGUGUGGCUGGAUGUUACCGAUGUGGAGCUUGCAGAGGAACAGGCCAAGCAGGAAAACCAGAUACUCAAACAGCAGGAGUUGUCUAACCUCCUUCAUGAAAAGAAGUAUCUGAAAGCUCUUGGUCUUGCGAUCUCUCUGGACCAACCUCACACUGUGCUCAUGGUUAUCAGAGCCAUCUGGCAAGCGGAAAAGAGUAAAGAGUUGUUGGAAAAGACAGUGCUGAAACUUCGCCAAGAUCAAAAAGAGUCACUGCUGCGAUAUUGUGUGGUUUGGAACACCAAUGCCAGGAAUUGCCUCCAGGCCCAGGCCGUGCUGCAGGUCCUACUCACUCACCUGCCCCCUGAGGAGCUGCUGCAGUACCAGGGGACCAGAGCACACCUGGAAGGCCUCAUACCUUACACUGAAAGACACAUGCAGAGGAUUGGAAAGUUGAUGCAGUCAUCCAUGUUUUUGAACUACAUGUGGCAGAAAAUGAGGGUGGUUGGAGCACCAGCCAGAUUGGACCAAGAUGAAGACAUGGACACCUUUCCUCUUGAAUCAGCCCAGCAUUUCUCUGCAACUGACAAAGAAAAGCCAUCGGACAGUGGUGAUGAAGACAAUAGGGAUUGCAGUGACAGCGAGAUAGAAGAAGGUGCUUCAGAUGUGGAGGAUAAGGAGGUCGAGGAGGUCAGCGUCUCAAACAAAGCUUCUGCCAUCAAAACAACACAAAAUGGAGCCCAGACAAAUGGGAAUCAUUGUGAAAGUGAGGAGAGUUCAGAAGAUGAGGAACAAGUGGAAAGUGAUCACACAACCUUUAAAGAGAUGAACAUUCUUUCAAACCCACAGUGUCAGACAUUGGCCAGCUGACAACACAAACUGAACGCAGAUAUUUACAUCUUAUGUUGAUAUGCUACAGCCCUUCGGCUGUUCCUGUUGGGAUCAUCACCUGCAAGAUGGGUAACAUCUUUUCCUACAGUUUUAAAAGACUAACUGUCCUUUGAGUCAAAAGGAAACAAAAUGCAUUUGUGAAUGACAGGUGAGAAUCAAAGCUAAUGCCUGGCUGCCUUGUCUAACCCUGAUUUACCAGCUCUGCAUCACAAUUUGCUGAACAAAAACCUUGUAAACAACACAAAUGUUUGUUAAAUAAAUGCAUAAUCUUUUAUUUAAGAUGUUUAUUUUCUUGAUUUGUUUAUCAGACAGAUGAUAAACACUAGUUUCUAUUAUCAAUUAGCAACACGUAAUUACAUUAUAAAGUUCAUAUUAUAUAAUGAGUCAUACAUAAGUCAUAUAUAAUCAGUCAACUAAUAAAUCAUUCAGUACAUUUAUGUUUAUGUUGAAGUAAAAUAUUUUCC